GAGGUGCGCCCGGGGACCUGUAGCUGGAGCGGACGCUUCCGGUGGCGCUGAGGAUGGCGGCGGAGAACCACUGCGAUUUCCCGGUUCCCGCGGUCGGCGGCCUGGGCCUGGGCGGCGCGGGCGGGCCCUGCCGCCGCUGCAGCUCAGCGCCGCCGCCCGGCGCGGUGCCCGGCAAGUGGGUCCGGCUGAACGUAGGGGGCACCUGCUUCCUGACCACUCGGCAGACGCUCUGCAGGGACCCCAAGUCCUUCCUCUUCCGCCUUUGCCAGGCCGACCCUGACCUGGACUCGGACAAGGAUGAAACAGGUGCCUAUUUAAUAGACAGAGACCCGACUUACUUUGGGCCAGUGCUGAACUAUCUCAGACAUGGGAAACUGGUUAUUAACAAGGACCUAGCUGAGGAAGGUGUACUGGAAGAGGCUGAAUUCUACAAUAUCACAUCACUAAUAAAACUGGUAAAGGACAAAAUAAGAGAAAGAGACAGCAAAAUCUCACAGGUCCCAGUCAAACAUGUGUACAGGGUGCUGCAGUGCCAGGAGGAGGAACUCACUCAAAUGGUUUCCACAAUGUCCGAUGGCUGGAAAUUUGAACAGCUUGUCAGUAUAGGUUCCCAGUACAGCUGUGGCCGGGCCCAGCAGUCAGAGUAUCUGCUGAUAGUAUCACGGGAAGUGAAAGGGGAAGAGAGAUGCUUCCAGAAAUGCUGCAGUGAGCUGGUCAGUAUUGGUUCUUCCUAUAACUAUGGCAAUGAAGAUCAGGCUGAAUUUCUGUGUGUUGUCUCAAAAGAAUUGCAUAACACUCCCUAUGGCACAACCAGUGAACCCAGUGAAAAAGCAAAGAGUGAGGAUGAAGAAACGGAUUACGAUAUGAAUGACUCAGAUUAAGUGUAAAUGUCAUGAUUUUGCAAGAACGAGGUUCCAGGAUGUGAAGACAGUAUUGAAUGGUGACAUUUUUUUCUCUUUCAUUCCAAGAUGCAGUGAAUUGUCACACUGAAGAGGCUUGGCUGCAAAAGAAAAAAUCUGAUUUAGACAAUUUUCUGUUGAUCUGGGUUCAACCAUAUUUGCCUAUAAGCUGGUGUGAACUGGCUGAAAGCAUUGCAAGAUUACACAAUGGGAAUAGAUGAUGUGGGAGUGUGUGUUAAGUUUUGGUUGUAGUGCAUGGUUGUACUCUCUUGUGGGCUGACUGACACUGGUCAUUUGAAAAGAAAUGACCAUGCACUCAUAUUUUUUCCUGAGACAUGUAGCACUUAAUGUCUGGUGCUGGAUGACCCAGUGUUGAUCAGUUUGGAGAUGUUUUCCUACUUAUCAUUGUAAACAUUUAAAGGACAAUGUAAUUGGUGCUACACACACACACACACACACACAUACACAUACAUUACAGCCCACAAAUGCAAAUAUUUGGGCCUACAUUGUUUCAGACUCAGUGGCAGCCCCACUUGACCCGUGUUAUACUGCACAUUCCUUAUGGCUCUGUGACAUACUCUAUUACGUAGUAACAGCCUAGGAGAUAACUGAAACUAGCAUGUAAAAAGUUACACGUCAGACAAAAAGUUUCCCUAAAGGAAGGAUGUACAUAUUGACUGGAUUUAUGGCAUAUUUUAAUACCCAAACGGAAGACUAAACUCAGAGAAAAUGGCCUUCAUCUGAGUUAUUCUUGAUAUUUCUUCUGUUAAAACAGUCUCCUCCUGCAGAAGUUAUGCUCCAGUCUUAGCCAGAUGUUUGGAAGGGGAAUCAAAAUUCACUUAAAAUGAACAACUGAACAUACUGUUUCUCUUGAGAUGUUUGUAUUCAUAUGUGUGUUUGUGCUUUUAUAAAAUGCCUGUAAGCAUUGAACUCUGUGGAUUAUGGUAGAAUUUUUCAAGAGAUGGAGGCUGUGCAGAAAUAUGGCUGGUUAGUCCUAGAUCCCAUAUCUCUACACCUAGAAUUAAAAUCAACCUUGAGUUUGUCAAGUGGAUGAGCUUGUGCUCAAACUCAAUUCCUUCAGACAUUCAGGAUACCUGUAAUCAAUCUUUGCCCUUCUAUACUGUUUCAAUUAUGCAGUUAAAGAACACUGUUUGAAAACAUCUGGUGUGGCUUUAUUAGUUUAUCAUUGAUGAAGGCUAAUACACAAGACUGGAGCUUUUUAAUACACUAUAUUUUGAGCUAAAUCUUUAGCACAUCUUUAAAACACUUAAUGAAAUUGACAGUAUAAAACUUGGCUUCAUUGACUUAUGAAGGCAGUGGAAGGGAGUUUUAAAAAGAUACAUGAUUGUUUUGAAUUCUAAAGACAUCGUGGUUUUCAUUCUCAGCAGCUUCAGAAUUUAUGCAUAUACUCCAGGUAAUCCUUUACACAAAAGCCUGAUUUUCAAACACCCAGGGUCUACUCUUUUUUUUUCUUUUUUUUUUUUCUCUUUUUGUAAAGGACUUCUUAUAUACAUUGAUAAAAGUUUGGCAGAAACAAUUUGUAAAAACCGUUUCUACUAAGCAAGUUAAGCAAUGGGCUAAAUGUUCUGUCCAUGCAUCUAAUGCUUGAAAGGGUUUGUAAUGCAUUUUGUGACUUGGAUGUGGUCUGCACAGGAAGCUGCUGGCCCCUCCACAACAACAUAUAAAAUGUUUGUCUUUUUUUAAGGUGUUAAGACUGAAUUGAAUUUACUAAAAAAAUGUAAUUGUGUAGGGGGAAAUGUUUAUACUUUUUAUACUUUUUUAGGCACCCAUAUUUUAUCGGCUUAAAUUUAGCACCCAAAUUUCCCAUAAAUAGUAGCAGAUUCUCUUGUGUAUCUGAAAAUAAGAAUAACAGUUGUCUGUGUUAACUGCAUAUUAAAAAAUUUCCUCUGCUGCAGUAGUCACUGUGUUUUUAAACAGUAUGACUCCACAGAAUUCUCUGAGCUCCCCAGCUCAUGGAAUUGCAGCCAAUCAUGUUUCUUGUUUUCUUGAUGUGCUGUACAGAGUAAUUUGGCAUUGGCCUAAGCAUAUUUUAUUGCCUAAAAUACCUGUUUUGCAGUGAUCCUUCUGAAUCAGAAUUUCUGUUAUCUCUGUUAUUUAACCCCAAAAAGACAGAAUAUUGUAUUUCACAAAGGAAAUUUUCAAGAAUGACAGCAGCAAAGCAUGAGUAACAAACUGAGCAAAGUGAACAAAUUUAGAAUAUGUAAAAGCAUGGGUUUUUCUAAGUGUGUUCUUUUCACUGGAGUAUUUUCAGUUUAAAAACCAUUAUUUUAUAAUGAGAUUACCUGCAAUCUAGUUUACAUUGUAUCCCUGUUGUAGCAAAUUUGGGGGAAAUGAGUCCUUAAUCAUUUUGCACUUUGUUUCCAAUACCUCACAAAGAUUUUAAGAAAGAAAAAAAAAGAGCUAAUAUUAAUAGGCAGGUACCUUGUAAAUGAUUUUAAAUAUGCUGUUGUUUGAAUCCACCUGAACUAACUGCUUUCCUGUUCUUGCUAAUGACAUUAUUGCUUUAAUUUUUGUGAACAUGUGAGACUUCCAGAUAGAUGGAAGUGCUACAAUAUACCUUUUUCAAGGCAUUCAGAAUUGAUCCCUAAAUCAAUUUGAUUUCUUUUUAUUUGACUCUUGUAAUUUCAAAUAAAGUUAGCUACUUUAACAAGGUAAUUAAAGUCCAGUCUACAUCACUAGGUUUUGCAAACAUUGUUUCAUCUGUUAAGAUGUUGCAGUAUGAGGUAAUGUACCUAUAGAGCUAAAACUGGAGUCCUUUGUUUCUUUUCUGUAAUUUGGAGAGUAUUUACCUCAAGAGAACUCCCUGUGAUUAAGUCAGGUGGGUUUGCUAAGGGGCUGUAGUUGAAAAGCUUUUUUUACUGCAAAAGCCUUUGACAUGAACCCUGGAUUUAUACAGCACCUCUAUUCUUCAAUCAAAACAGUAUUCCAGUUCAGAAUUUAAGAUCCUGAGCACAAAGAGAUCAUAGCAGAAGGAAAUAAAGCAGGAAGAGAGAGAUAGCAAAACAUAAGUUAAUCAAGGUGACCUCUCAUGAAAAUGUAAAGUCCAUGAAAGGUUUAACUUUCUGCUCUUUUGUUAUAUGAAUAUUCAGUGAAGUUGUUAGGUGCGUUGUCCAUGGAACAGAAGGUUACUUCAGCAGAUGAUUAGUGGAUUUUCAGUUAUAUUGUUUAAAGGCUUUUAACGUGACAAACUUCUUGCAAAACAUGUUUAAAAACUGAGAAGUUGAAAUUUAUCAUAGCAAUUUCUUGCUUUGAGUUAGGAAAUAGCAUACUUUGGCUUUAAGUUGGCUUUAAAUGUCAUCAGAGGCUAAUUUUCUGUAUUGGAGUUGACAUUUUCAUGUUAAUUGUUUCUGACUUUUUCAGGCAGUGCUUAAAUUUCAGUUUACCUGCAACGAACACAAGUCAUUUUGAGGCCUCUAAGACAUGAUUGCUUCCUGGUCCAUAAUAACUGUCCAAAAGUAUAAUCUGACUCUGCAGUUCCCACAGUAAAUGUUUGGUUUGUUUAUUUUUGUUUACAAAAGACAGCAGUUUACUGGGAAUUUUCUCCCACUUCCUGUGGGGUUUUCAUUAAUUAUGGCAAAUUGUCAUUUGUUAUUCCACAGUAAUUAAUUUUAUGUUAAAGGACUGAUGGUAUUUAGAAGCUUAUAUUGACUCUCUACUAAACUUUCAGUCCUCAGAAUCAUAUACUUAGAAUAUUUAGAAAAUGUACUGUUUUUUCAAACUCAUAUAGUUUCUUGUAGAGAUAAAAGUUCUUUUCCAUCCAAUUUUUUUGUCUUCAGAUUUUCUUUAGAUGAUAGCCAUGUUGCUCCAUUUCUAGCUCUGUGAAUGCACACUACUGAAUUAUUAGAAACAGGAGUAUUGAAUCAAUCUCCUUUUUCUCUUGAGAGGCUGGGUUUUUUUCAGGUGAAAAAAAUAUAAACUUCUAGCAGGUUAAACAAAAGAAAACGUGAUUGCUAACAUGCUUAGGGAACAGGUCUGUUGUGUAGGAUGAUAGUGUUUCCAGAAAACUGGUUCUGAGAACAGAACACUAUUCUGUGAACAUCUGUUGAGAUUGUUGAGAGUUGUCAGUCUUUUUUCCAAGUGGUAGAGAGCUACCACCAGCAAAUUAACACACAUUGAUUACAAGUGGCUAUUUUUAUUAAUGUUACAAAAAUUAACUUCUAAUGAAAAAAAUGCAAUAAUAUCUGAAUGAAAUGAACUAGAAACUGGAUUAUAAUGUGUAUUGUCCAAUCAUUCAGAUAUACUGGAAUACAUUCUUCGAGAGUACUGAGGAAACCAAGACUGGUAUUUUCAUGGAGAUCAAAGUCAAGUGAAAGAGAGUCUGGAGAUGAAGCGUGGGAUUUUGUUCACUUGAGAUGUGAUAAAAUCAGGAAGCGUUAUUCUCCUAUUUUAUUCUCUCUCUCACCACAUUAAAAGCAUCUUUCAGGUUUUUCAAAGUAAUCAAUCAUCCCUGAAAGGUAGGGCCCUUGAAAAGAGAUGAGGUUUUGUUAUUAAUUGAACAGUACCCAUUAGCUCAUGAUGGUAGGAUUAAAACUUCCAGUUCUCAUUGGAAAAGUGUAUUUUGUAACAUAGCAAUUUUGAAAUACAUGUGGUCUGAGGAUGCUGCCUGUUACUCCAUUGUAGUUUAGACUGCAGUUGUCUCCAGCUUGAAGGGCAAUCUCAGGAUUUUAUCUGGGUUUGUGUGUAGAGUUAUUAAUUCUUAAAAUAGUAGAGAUAUUCAGUUUUUAAAAAAAAGAAAGUAGAAAGUUCUCUGAACUCAGUGUCAUAUAACUUUUCUUUCUUUUGGCUCACAACAAUCAGGAGCUGUGUUUAGAGGCUUCUUACUUAGGCUUUAAAGGGCUAAAUAGAGCUUAUUGUUCAGUUUGCUUAAAUGAGUGGCUGACAAAAGGAACUCUUUCCAUUUUCAGUGCAGAAGUUCUAAGGGCUAAAAUGUUUUCCAGGGCUAAUUUGAAGUUCCAGAGACAUAAAACAUUUAAAAAGCAGCUGGUCUAUUUUUGUUUCAAUUCACGGACUCUAAAAUAGUUUUUACAAAUGACUGAACUAAUUGCAGGUAUAAGUAUUCAUAUAUGGCUUGGAAUUUCAGUACCCCGCUUGGUAAGGAAUACAGUAGAGAAGACAGUACAGUUGCUUACCACUUUAUUGUUGCCUAUGCUGAAGUCUAACAACUUUUAUGAACAGCACUGGCAAUAGAGAGACUUUGUGGAAGAUUCUGCUCCAAGAAAUGGUUGUUAAAUACUUCAUUGCAAGUGGAUGGAAGGUGGCAGUAUGCUUUCCUUGCCUUAGAAAGCUAAGCCUGAAUUUUGACCUGACUUAACACCUGUUGAGAUUUCCAGGCCUGGUCAUCUGAAAUGUAACGAGUUGAUGCAUUUAUAUACAUGCUUCUUGCUCCUUUCGAAGAUUUUUCCAAAAGCUUAUGCACAACUUUACUCGAACUUAACUUGGCUCAUGUGUACUUGCUAGGAUGAAGCAAGUGCGAAGGCACUGUAAGGGAAAUGUUGCCAACCUGUCUACCUGGGACUGAAACAAGAUCACCAAACUGAAGGAGUAUCAAAUGGCAACUAUUUCCACCUGCUUCUGUGCUGAGCCUCAUCUGAGCCUAGCUAUGAAAAAUGUAUUUCCGAUGGACUCUCUAGGCUAACCUACCCAAUCUGAGAUGUUCUUUUAUUUUCCUUAUCCCACAAUUAAUGGGUCUCAAAAUUAGUUGUGCAUCAGAUGUUUCUGUUAAUAUCCAAGUGGCCAUACUUGCAACAUGUUAUUUCCUGGAUAGUGGAUUAGCAAUAACACUUUAUUUUGUGCCAAUUCAUUAUCUCUAAAGUGUUCUUACUGCAGCAAAGUUUGAGUUUUGAUCUGGUUUUAAUGCUUUUGCAUUAGCCAAAACUCUUAGCACAGACAUAGACAAGAAACUGAAUCCAUGGAAUUUCCCUGGAUAAAAAUAUGUUAGGGCUUCCCAAAUAAUUUGAAGAUGGUUACAAUUAACCAUCAUUUUUAAAACAAACAUGCAAAUAAAAUGUGUGUGGGUAUUUUUUUAACCUCCUUUUCAUAACACUAGCGUAUUGUAAACUGCAUGAAAUAAACCUGUUUUUUCCCCUUUUAAA